CAGGCUGGUUUCAAGGCUCUAACCUGGAAAGGCAAGGGCAGAAGAAGCGUUGGGCCGGGGGCCCAUUUCGGCUGAGAAGUCAAGGCCAUUACUAUUAUGGACGAGCACAACAUAAUUUUCUCUCAGCAGGAUCCUAAUGAGGUGUACGAACUGGUCGACUUGCUCGGAGAAGGUUCGUAUGGCGCCGUCUAUCGUGCACAGUACAAGGCAGACCCAUCAAAGCCUCCCGUUGCCGUCAAAAUUAUCCCCGCGGAGGAAGAUCUUUCCAGCUUGAAACGCGAAAUCGCCAUCCUAAAUCAGUGCAAGAGCGAGUACGUGGUUGAGUUCAAGGACUGUUUCUUCGUGGACGCCGAGAUUUGGAUCAUCAUGGAGUUUUGCAUGGGAGGAUCUGUAGCCGACAUGCUGGAUGCUACCCAGCGCACGUUGUCGGAGCCCCAGAUCCGUUCCAUCUGCGCCUGUGCUGCCCUGGGUCUUGCCUACCUGCACGACAACCACAACAUCCACCGAGACUUGAAAGCAGGCAACAUCUUGCUCUCCAUGAACGGAAAAGCCAAGCUUGCCGAUUUCGGAGUCUCCGCGACCCUGAACCACAGCAUGAGCAAACGGAAGACCGUCAUCGGGACCCCGUAUUGGAUGGCCCCGGAAGUAAUCCAAGAAAUUUCCUACGACGGGAAAGCGGAUGUCUGGUCCCUGGGGAUCACGGCCAUUGAAAUGGCGGAAGGAAUGCCACCGCACUUCAACGUGCAUCCCAUGCGGGCAAUUUUCCUGAUUCCGUCCAAGCCUCCCCCCCAACUCGCCCAGCGUUCUACCUCGGGCCAGUCCCCUUGGUCCCAGGAGUUCCAUGACUUCCUCUCCGUUUGCCUUGUCAAGGAUCCGAACCAGCGGGCCAAUGCGGCCGCCCUCCUGACCCACCCUUUCUUGAAGGCCGACGUGGACUUCCUCCGCGCCCGCCCCGCCCAGGGUCUGGCCCCCAUUGCGGACCUGGUGGGCUCUACCUUGGAAAUUCUGGCGUCCUACCGUCGGAGCAGCAUUGCCGCAGCUCCGACACCAAUGGAAGAGCAGUUUGCCCGGACUCGCCCAUUGGAGGAGGAUGGGGAGGAGGAAAACGGAGGUACGGGGAAGGAGCAUGGGAGCCGCGGUACAUCCGGGUCGGUUGGCAGGUUGCGGGACGGCGGGGCGGGAGAGAAUACGUUGGUCCGUGGCCCCAUGAUGGGCCGGCGCUUCAGUCAUCGACAGAGCAGCGGCAGUGGCAGCAGCCAUGCAGGGGGUAGGAGGAUGCUCGAGGAGGGUCAGCCAGGGAUAGAGGGGCGGAAUCGGGACAACUGUGAGACACUGGUGGCCCGGACAAAGGUAGAUGUGGAGGAGAAAGACGUCAAGGACGAGGAUUGGGAGCAAUUGCGCCUGUGGGACAGGCGGCAGCACCAAGGCGUAGUGCAGGAGCAGGAGGACCAGCACGGGAAAGCACGUUCGUCCAUGGAUAUUUCCUGCACGGGAACUGUGGUGCGACAUCGACCUUCCCCAGGGGCCGCCGGUCUGCGUAGAGGCAAGGAAGCAGAGGGAGGAGAAGAUGCCACGUUGAUGGUGGCGUCUGGCGCAGGCAGUCCCCGAGACAUGCAAGGCCGUGGGGGACAUCAUGCCCCGGAGGCCAAUUCUGGGUUGCAGUCCGCCAUGCGGUAUUUGCAAGGUCUGUCGUUGAGUCGAAGAAGCGGACGGUCGGCUACGCGCGAGAGGGAGAGUGCCUCUACCUCUGAGGAAAAGGGGUUGACCUCGGGGCAGGAGAGAGGCAGCAGAGCCACGGCCGAUCAGAGAAAAUCUACCAGCGAGACUUCCUUUCUCCGGAAAAGUGCGGUACCUAACAAUGGCAAUUCGAAUUAUCACGACUGUAAAAUGCGUGACGUGGCUGAGAUGACUCGUGAAGAGUUGCAAGCCAUGAUCCGAGCCCUUGAGAGUCAGUACGACAUGGAUGCCACGGCUUUGGAGGAGGCUUACACAUAUCAGAAAAAGUAUCUUGAAGACGCCUUACGACGGUGUAGAUGA